ACGGGGAUAUCGCGCCGGAACCAAGUUUUUGCAACAAGCUUCCUCCUUCGGAGUUUUCGCGUCUACUUUGGCGCUUCUAGUCUUUUACUCCGCCAACUACUACUUUGAUGACCCUUGGAUGAGUAAAAACUUUGGUGGUGGCUCUUCGUGGUUGAUCUUCUUCACUUCACGGGUUUGCGACGCUUUCGCGUUGUUCUUCUACGCCGGGUCCAUGUUCUUCCUGGAGACGUACCACUCUGAGGGAGCUGGCGAGGCUUGGGGCUGGCUAGGAGCCAUUUGCUUCAAGCUAACUGCUUUCGCAGAGAUUGCUGCAUUGGCUGCCUGGGGCACCUCCUCAUUUGAAGUACUUGACGCUGUAUACACCGUCAUGCUUGGUGUCUCCAUCAGCGUUGCUUUCCUCUGGUCUCUUUUCUUUGAACCAGCGAGUCAUCGCUUCGACGUGCUUCUUACCCAAUCGGCCAUGAGAAAUGAAUAUUACAAGUCUCGCAACGCCAUGGCAUAUUAUGGCCCUGCUGUUGUAAAUGCUGACGGUGAAAUCGACAUCGCUGCCGCUGCAGAGCAGGCUCAAGCCUGCCUAGGCUGCUGCUAA